AUGCAUGUGGACAUAUGUGAAUAUGUAUGUAUACAUGGGCUCAACAUUCCUGCUAUACCUGCCGGAAAGCCAACACACUCGAAUAAGUCUACCUUUUGUAAAUUACAUUUCGAGGAGACAGGGGAAGUAGAAUUUAAAAGCUGCAUAAGAAAUAUUAAUCAUAGAAAUAAAACCUCUGUGUUUGACGGAACUCAAAAUGAAUGGAGUGAUAAGGGAGAGGAAAAAAAAUCUAAUUCUCAUAGAAUUAUGAAAAAACGAAUUUUUGAUAAAUCUUCCUCCUUAGAAAUAAAAGGAAUAUUUCAUGAUAACCUUUCCAAUACUUCAACCAUAAAACACGGAAAGAGAAUUAACACUGAUGUUAGAAGUUUCUAUAUAUUUUCCAAGGAUACCAAUGACAAAAUCGAAAGAAAAAGCUCCAAAAAGAUCAGCAGCUAUAGUUUAGAAAAAAAUCCAUGUAAGUGGGGCGUGGACGUCUUGAGAUAUUCCCUGCCCCCACCCAAAAAAAUGUAUAGACAUGUAGACAACUUAUCGACUUGUUUGAUUCCUAACAUAAGCGAAGAUUCAAUUAUUCCGAAAAAAAAUAAAAAUAAUUAUGCUACACAGUUGGAGAAAUCAUUAUGUCCUAAGGAGAAUAUUUUUAUUCCAAACUCGAGCAGAAAGCUAAUUCGCGUGCACGAGUCCAAGUUAGAGAUGAACUGCGUUCCAAAGGAUUGCGAAGGAAGUAGAAUAAGGACCACCCCAAUUCCUCAUCCGGGAAAUUUGAAUGCCCACUUGACGCCCCUUGUAGAAUGUGGAAGAAAGUCAUUGUACAUAAACCCAACAUGCAGAAAUAAGAUAUGCUCCGUUUCCUUUAAUUAUGAACAAGAGCCCUCACCUUAUAGGUCAGGAAAAAGAAUAGGCUAUCUUGGAGCUACAAGUGAAAAUUCAAUAUUUUUAUUUUAA